CCUCGCGGCUGACUUCACUCACGUUGUUGUACUGCCUUCAAGUCGAUUACGACUUAUGGCAACCCUAUAUGAAUAGGGUUUUCAUGAUCUGGUGAUUCUGCCCGGUUCUGAGUGCAGUUUUCAUCUGUUGAAGGAGCAGCCACUUAAUCACACGUGUCUGAGACAGAAAAAGAGGUGAGAGUGGCCUUGGCCUGUUCUCAGCAGGAAUAAAGCAACUUGCCGGGAAUGUCAAGCCAAACACCGCAAGGAGGGGAGGGGAUGGACCUGUAUGACAAAGAGGAGCUAAACAGAAAGAUUAAAGAGCAGAAAGUUGUAGUUGAUGAAGUUUCCAACUUGAAGAAGAACCGGAAGGUUUAUAAGCAGCAGCCCAACAGCAACAUAUUCUUUUUAGCAGACCGAACCCAAACACUGUCUGAAUGCAAAAACACAUUAGAUGAAUUGAAGAAGGCACAUCAGGAAAUGGAAAAUUUAGAGAAGACCAAAAUAAAGAAAUAGCUAACCCAUCAAAGACA